GGACGUUUCAGGUUGGCCCUCAUUGGUAGCAAACAACCCCCCUCAUAAGAUCUUCGAGCUAUGUAGCAUAACAUGCGGAGUAUUUACCGGGUUCUGCGGGCUGUCAGCGUGGCGCUUUAGGGGCUCCCGGGAGCGUCGAGUGCUAUCAAGUAAGAGGCUAGGAAGCUAGGAGAAAAGUCUGGUAUGCAGAGGUCCCGAACAAAUGUCUUUUAAGGAGCAUGCAUGCACUAGGUUAAUGAUGCAAUGAUCCGUUGCAUUAAAGCGAUGCUUGCAUAUUAAUGUGCAUGUUAAUGCUUCCUAUGCUUCUCGGAAGGAAUAGAAGGCAAUAUCGAACGUGUAAUGCGCAUUAAAAGGUAAAUUAGCCCCUAAGAUCCUUGACAGCUUGGAAGAUUUGGAAGGAGCUAUGGUACCCCUCCGAUCCCGGCAAUUGAGGACCCCACCAUGAUUUUACCAUAGCUUCAGAACACACAAAUUUUAUCUGGGGAGAGCUUUCCGUCGAUGCUUCACCAAUUAAACCAAAAAUAGCAAUUGAACCACCGUCAUGGCUUCUAGAGUUCUCAGAAUAGGCCUCAUCCCCGGCGACGGCAUCGGCCGCGAAGUCAUCCCCGCUGGCCGCCGCAUCCUCGAAGCCCUCCCCAGCUCCUUAGGUCUAAAAUUCGAGUUCUCAGACCUAUACGCCGGCUUCGAGACCUUCGAGCGGACCGGCGCCGCGCUCCCCGACGCCACCGUCGAAGCUCUGAAGCAAUCUUGUGAUGGCGCUCUCUUCGGUGCCGUAUCGUCGCCCACGUCCGCCGUAAAGGGAUACUCCUCACCUAUCGUAGCGCUGCGCAAGAAGCUAGACCUAUACGCCAAUGUGCGACCUGUGAAGACGGUGCGGACGGCGACAAAGCCAAUCGAUAUGGUCAUCGUGCGCGAGAACACCGAGGAUCUAUACGUGAAGGAGGAGCGCACGGUCGACGUGCCAGGCAGCCCAACUGGCAAGUACGCCGAGGCCAUCAAGCGCAUUUCCGAGCGCGCGAGCAGCCGUAUCGCGACGAUGGCCGGUGAAAUCGCCCUGCGUCGACAGAAGAUCCGCGACGUCUCCCCGACCUCGUCGAUCCACUCCAGUCCCCUCGUCACUAUAACGCAUAAGUCGAACGUUCUCUCCCAAACCGACGGUCUCUUCCGCAGCGCCUCCCGCGCCGCCCUCGCGAACCCGAAGUUCAAGAGUGUCGGUGUCGAGGAGCAGAUCGUGGAUAGCAUGGUCUACAAGCUAUUCCGCCAACCUGAAGCCUACGACGUCAUUGUCGCCCCCAAUCUCUACGGCGAUAUCCUAUCCGACGGCGCCGCGGCGCUCGUUGGUUCGCUUGGCCUGGUUCCUUCUGCCAAUGUGGGCGAGGGCUUUGCGAUCGGUGAGCCGUGCCACGGCAGCGCGCCCGAUAUUGAAGGUAAGGGUAUCGCGAACCCGAUUGCGACCCUGCGCAGCACGGCGCUCAUGCUCGAGUUCUUGAACGAAGAGGAGGCUGCGGCUAAGAUUUAUGCUGCUGUUGAUGCUAACCUAGAGGAGGGUAAGCUGUUGACGCCCGAUUUGGGCGGCAAGGCGACGACGGAGGAGGUUGUGGUGGAUAUUUUGAAGAGGUUGUAGGUGUCUGCUAUGUAGAGCAGAUAUUUCACCUAGUGACUUGGGUAGCUUAGGUGUCUUCGGGUUCCAGUUUUAGGAGAAAAGGGGUAGGACCUUAAAAAGGGAAGAAAGGGAAGGUUAAAAGUAGAGAACAAAAAAAACCGGGGUCUAGGUUCCUAGAUAUGAAUACAACGAUUUCACACAAUUAUGAAGCGAUGCGAUAAAAAUAUAUUCCCGAAAAUAGAGAGA